CGUACAAAGUAAAAAUACGAUUCUUUACUAUUAUACUGGUCCUAAGUUAAAUCAAGUCAGAAUGGCUAGAUGCGAACACAUCAACAGUGUCAUAUAUAAAGGAAGUCGCAUAACAGAUCCGCUACCAGAAUCUGCGGACAAUUAUCACAUCUAUUUAGGCUUACAAACUGGGAUGACAGAGCCUCAAUCUCACCACAGGGCUGCCCACCCUUUGGGAACGAAUUCCCGAGAAGGGGUGCAAGAAGCCACCACGCUGACGCCCAAUAAUCAG